AUGGCAUCGGAGUUCAGAGUCAAGGACGAAUGCACUCGGUUUAGAAGUGAGAUAGCUUUAUACGAAAGAAGAUAUCUAAGGAGCAUGGCGAAGGUUACCGUCCUUCUUGCGGUUAGCUUGUUAAUAUCGCUACCGUUAGCUACAAGAACUGAUGAUGAUAAUCCUUUUGCGGAUCUCGCAUCGUCGAUCCUGGGAAGCCUCGGUGGAGAUGGGGGAAAUGACGCCAAGAUGGAAGGGUUAGCAGCUAUUGGCAAUAUCGUAGGCAGUCUGAUGCAAGGAGAUAAUGCGAAAAAUUUAGGAGCUGCUUUCGGACAAAAUGGGGGUGAUAAUGCUGCUGGAAUUCUUUCGGGUAUUGGCAGCUUGCUAGGUGGAAAAGACGGGAAAAUCGAUCCUGCUGUCAUCGGCUCCAUGGUAUCAAUGUUUGCUCAACAAAUGACAACAACAGAGAAGCCAAAACGUCAGAAGAGAGAAGAAAAGGAAGGCGACUUCGAUUUAGAGGGCAUGUUAAAUCUGGCUUCAGGUCUUCUUGGCAACAAAAACAACGGUGGCGGCUUGUCAUCAUACUUACCAUUAAUAAUGAACAGUUUAAACGCAGAAGCUGAAAAACGCGCUGAUGAACAUAAAGACCAUUCUUCAUUUCUGCCUCCAUUUUUAGAGAAAGCACAUUUAUACUGGGAUAUUUUCAUUAACUCUGAGUUGGGAAAAACUUUUUGGCAGAAAUCAGGGUUGCAGAAAGUGUUCAAAGCGUUCACAGGUCCUGAUGGAAAAUUGAGUUUCUCGACUAUGUUCAAGAACUUUGAAAACCAUUCGUUCAGGAGGCACUGGAUCAAGACAGCGGCAACAUAUUUGACUACUUUGGUGAUGCACGUGGCGAAACCUGAAGUAUACAACAGAUACUUGGUUUCGAUAGAAUUCCUCACGAACAGCUUCCUAGACUCUCAAGGCUUGCCGAAGAGCGCUCACUUCAACGUGAAACAACCGGAGAAGUCCCUUACAGCCCUCGUAAACUACGUGCUGAAGAAAUAUAUGUAUAUGGAUUCGGAUGUCGGCGAAUAUGUGAAACCUGCGGUUGAAUAUGUAAAAGAAACCCUCAAAAUGGCUGAGACUACAACAAAAACCAUGUCCUCACGAGGAGACUACAACGCCAUCGCUGACAGACUAACAGACACCCUAAAUCUGGAAGUCAUUGAGCCCAUCCUCAGGGUGUAUAGAGCAUACCAACAUUCAGUUAAGGCACCUCAGUGCCAGGAGCACUUGAUGUGCCUGGUUAACAGGCACCAUGAUAAAGACCAGAAGGGUCUUCCAGGCUUUAAAGCUGGUCUGACGAAACUGAGCAGCUUGAUCGCGUCAGCAGCCCUUGGCUUCCAGAACGGUGGAGGAUUCUUAGAUCUGUACAGUGCUAUCCAGAAUGACGUCAAUUGCGAGGCCGCAUACCCAGCCGAUUGUUCUGCGUUCCAUGAACACGAAAUGAAAGUAACAACAGAGGUGUACCAUAGCGAAUUAUAA